AUGGAGCCUGCACGCAAACGUAUCAAGCUCGAAGAAGAGCCGAAUCCACAGCGCUUGCCAUCCCCAGAACUGUCUUUCAAGGACCAAGCAGCCACAGAGCCCCACUGCGACGGUUGCGUGCGCAUCUUCAGGAGCAAAGCGGAGCUACAGCGCCAUAACUCGAAAUAUCACUACAACGAAUUUCUCUGUAAAGCUUGCGAUGAGGGCUUUGAAACUAGAAAUCAACUCAAUCAGCAUGUCAUGGACGCCGUACGGCAAUAUUGUGGAACCGUCCCUCAAGACUCCAUGCUGAACUUGAACUACAAAUGUCCGGGCUGUAGCAAGAAGCAUGCUCGCAUGCAUGCUCUCUUCCACCAUUUGGAAGAUAGGGGGUGUAACUUACGAAACUGGUUGGAGGAGACCAGAGUCCAGGAUUUGCUUAUCGCCCUCGAGCGUCCUAUUGAACGGGCAAAGGAAACAUUGUUUUCCUGCACGGGUUGCGCGAAGGUGUUCAACAAUCCGCACUCACUGGAGCAGCACUUACGAUCUGUGCACAAAGGGACGUACUGUUUUAGCUGCGCAGCGCAUUUUCCCAACGCGGAAAGAAGAAUGCGACACUUUAUCGACAGCACUGGGUAUACUCCUGGCGAAUUCCGUUGCGGCGACUGUCAGUCAAAUGAGGUUUUCCAUGUUGAAAGGGACUUCAACGUUCACGCGCGGGUAGUUCAUAGGAAAUGUGCCCCGUGCGGACAGGCCUUCAAAACUCAGGGCAGUCUUAUAGACCACGAACACGAGGCUCAUAACAAGUGUCUGGAAUGCCUCCAGUGUUUCUACACCAGAGACGCGCUGACGUCUCACAUGCAAAGUGCCACAGAAGGAUGUGCCCUUGCCAACAGAUCGUCGGUGUCAACAGAUGGUCCAGUAGUACGUCCAGUCACGCCUGAAGCAGAAGCUGUCACAGAAGCUCGGGAAAUACUCAGGGAAGCCAUCACAAGGAUGAGUUCUGUCCUUGUCAAGGCUGAGCCGCGAGUGGCAACGACUUUAAGGAUGGAAGAUAUACCUGACGCGACUUCCUUGGAGUGUCGCUACUGCUACUUCAGCUGUUCGUCAGAAGCUGCGCUGGCCUCACAUUGCGAUGGUGAACACCGAGAUGAAAUUACCACAUGGUGCGAACCGUGCCAGGAGCAGUACGAAAGCUACGAGGAUUACUACCAGCACCUUGUGAACACACCACAGCACUUCCCAUGCACGGCAUGUUGUGAAAUCGAGCUCGCACGCAAGGAUUGGGUGGAAGCAGUCUUCGAAGACCAUGGUUCACAGGAGGCUCUGGAUGCGCACAUCAAGGAGAGCGAGCAUGCAUUUUGUGCCCCGUGCAGCAAAUGGUUUAUGCACAAAACCCUGCUUCAAAGUCAUGAAGAGGAAGUCCAUGAGCCUGCUUGGCCAUUUAUCUGCAAGCCAUGUGAUCGAGCAUUCCCGGAGUGGCGGGAUCGUGACAAGCACCAACUAACGCACAGUGAUACACCAACCCGCUGUCUAGGAUGCAGAAAGAGUUUUGGCUGCUACUCGCUCAUGUUUGAACAUCUAGAAAGUGGCAAAUGCAACUCGGGAGCAAACCGAGACAAGCUCAAAAUGUACAUCAGCAAUAUUUACGGGCGACAGACCGACAACGAGCACAUGCAUCUGAACUACAAAUGCCCGCAAUGCCCGAAAAAAUUCCAUCUCAUGAGCUGGCUAUUCAAGCAUCUCGAAGUCCGCGCGUGUCCUUUAAGGAAAUGGAAGGACUACACGCAAGCGGACGACCUUCUGUUCAAGCCUUUGAAGCAUGCUCUUCGGGCAGACGUGUUAUGCACCAAAUGCGACAGGGCUUUCAAGACUCCGGAACGGCAGCGUGACCAUAUAUGGGAAAAGCACGAGGCUACCUUUUGCUUCAUGUGCAACGAGCAUUUUCCCUCAAAGGAAGCACUCAGCGAUCAUAUAUCUGAGUUCGAGGCUGGGAACGAGUAUGGUAUCAAAGAGCUCAGUUGUCAGAUGUGCACCUCCGCGAAGUGGUUCGAAACCGAAAGGGAGUUUUAUGCACAUUCCUGGAAAGAACAUUUUUGCUGCGAGGUUUGCCAACAGAUCUUUGACACCGAGGACGAAUUAGUCGAGCAUGAUGAGCAGGACCAUUUCAUGGAUUACGAUUGA